UAAACUUUUGACUGACCAAAGAAAACAUUUUUUUUCUUCCUUAUUCAUCAUUUACACACAUUUUGCCGUUCAUGUUUACGAUUCUGUUGUUUGCACUUUCUGGGUUACUCUUCUAUGGGAAGUGUAGUUGGUUCUGCAAGUACAACAGCAACCGUUGACGAGCCCCAUAAGCCACGAUUUAGGCUUACAGAGGAAGACCUAGCAGUAUUGGAGACUUCUUUCAAAUCCAGUGCAUAUCCAGAAAAGACUGUCAAAAUUGAGCUUGCAGGGCGUGUUGGAUGCACAGAGAAGCAGAUUGCGAAUUGGUUUGAUCGCCGACGCAUUGCUGAAAGGAAGGGAAAACCGCUCUACAAGAGCCUCUCAGUGGAGCAAAGUAGUCAUAAUCAUACACCAAGUCCGCCUCCCUCGACGUCAAGUGAUGAUGAAGAUCCAGCGGAUGGCGUCUUAGGAACUGCAGCUGCACAUACAGUCAAGGAUAAUGUUGUUAUACCCAGCAAUACAGGGCCUCAGCCGCUCUCCCACACAACUGUAGCGCUCAAACUUGCCCGUCUCACACAGGGGAAUAUGAUCCGUAAGCCGGAGAAUGUUCUAGGCAUUGUUGAACUGAUGAAAGUCGCGUCAGAUUAUAAAGGUCGUUUAUACAUUUUGAAUGCGCUCUUAUCCUCUAGAAGAGUCACGCCUGUUGUCAACGAGUAAGUUUCUUAUGUUUAACAUUAUUAUUUGCUUAGCAUUUCAAGGAAUCUGUAAACGGUGUGUCAGAAAAGUUGCUUGAUACAUCAAUAUAAAAUAU